CUUGGAGCUAAAGACCGUGGCCUCUAAGAAAGAAAGCUAGAUCAAGAGGCCCUCUGGGGACUCUCAUUUCCCAGGGAAGUUUAGACAUUCAGGGUGAGAUGAAUGGCUAGAGGGGUAUGUUGUCCAUGAAAUGCUAACGUUUAAUUCUCAUAACAACUCCAUGAGGUAUAUUAUCUCCAUUUUACAUGUGAGGAAAUGAAGCUCAGCCUCACUAAGUACCUUGUCCUGGGUCACACAGCUAGAAAUGGCAGAUGUGGAGAAUUUGCAUUCAAAUUUGCCAAGUUUGUCUAACUCUGAAACUUGUUCUCAGUUGACUGAAGGGCUUAUGAUUUAAGUAGGCAACUGUCUUUUUCAAGAUUCCAAGAUUAUAUCAUACACCUAGUUUCAGCUGGAAUUUCUUUUUCUUUUCAAGUGCCUUCCAUGUACCAGAAACUGGAUGGGUACGUUUAGGAGAGACCAGAGUCCCAUUAUGGAGGGCGCGGGGGUAGGGAGAGCUAUCAUAUUGGACUCUGACAGCUGUUAGGUUUUCUGGAAUUGAAAUAAUGUCCACCAAAAUGUCAGGAAAGGAGACCACAUCCUGCCUCAUGUGUGGGUAAGAAGAGUGCAGAGGAUUUGAUAAACCCUUAUCCGGGAAGACCUUCCUUUGCAAAGAGCCCAUUUGGGGUGCCUGGCAAGAUACCAAAAUGGGUGAAGCCAUAGUUGCUCUCCACUCCCCCUCCCAUCUCCAGGCAAAAGAUGAAAAAGAAGGAUUCCCAGCAUCUUUGGAAGAAAUAGCACUUUACACAAGUGUCUUCAUGGCAUUUAUUCUUUCAACAAAUAUAUAUUGAGCAUUGUUCUAGGUACUGCGGACAUGGUGGUGAAAAAAGUUAUAUAGUUCAUGCUUUUAGAGAGUUUAUAUGCUGGUGGCAAGAGGCAAGAAAUAAAUAAGCAUAUAUCCUGUAGUAAGUACGACUGAGAGAGAUUUGGGUGGUCAGGGAAGGCCUUUCUAAAGAGAUGACAUUUAGGCUUCAGCCUGAAUGGCAAGAAGUCAGCUCUUGCAAAGACCUGGAGGAAGAGCCUUCCAGACAGAAGGGACAGGAAGUGCAAAGGCCCUGAGGCAGCAGCAGACAAGGUCAUUAUGAUCAACAAGAAAGAGGCUACCAUGGUUGAGGAGGGCUAUCUGAAGUGAAGUGGAAAAGGGAGUAGGGGCUGAUUGGAUGGGCUCCUGUAGGCUAUGAGGGAAGCACUUGGAGUUUUAUUCAAACUGUAAUGGCAAGCUGUUAGAGGGUUUUAAACAGAGAUAAGACACAAUCUGAUUUAUGUUAUGAAAAGAUUACUUUGGCUGCUGGACGGAGAGUAGAUAGUAGGGUAUGAGAGUAGAAAUAGGGAAGCCACUUAGGAGGCCCUCACUGAUAGGUUAGACAGGGGAGUUAGGAAAGAGGAAUCAAGGAUAACUCCUAGGUUUGUGGCCUUAGCUGCUGAGUGGACAUUGGGGCUAUUUCAUGCAACGGGGGUAAUAAGGUUAGGAGGUUAAGACAAUGGGAGAGAAAUCAUGAGCUGUGUUUUGACCAUGCUAAGCUGAAAUGCUUGUUUGGCAGCCACAUGGGGCUGUGAGUAGACAGUCUGAUUUCGAAUCUGGAAUUCAGUGGAUAGCUUAGGGAUAUAUACACAUAUCCCUAAAUGUGUGUGGGGGGGUGUGUGUGUGUACACACAUAUAUUUGGGGUCAUAUGCAUCACUUCAUUUCAGUGGUUGGUUCGCAGACAGUCUCUCCAGAAAAAAAAAAAAAAAAAGAAAAUGCUCUGAUUUGUAAUGUUUGCUGAUUUCUAUGGUAUAAAUACUCACACCAUGGCUGAUUUCAGGCUACCAGUAACCACUGCCUUGCAAAAGUCCCGGACAUUUAACAAUCAGUUCCCAGAGCCAUUGCUUCAUUUGUUCAUCAAAACAUCCCUUGAAGUUGGCAGGAAUAUCCAUUUGACAGAUGAGGCUUAGAGAGAUAAAGUGAUUUAUUCAAAGUCACACAGGAAGUUGGUGGCAAAAUUAGGGGCCACCUGACCCCCAGUGGACUCUGGCUUGCUGACUGGGACAAUAAAACAGACCGCAGCAGGAAGCACUGUGGGAGAAAUAUAAGGAAGAACUACCCCCCCCCCGCUCCCCCCCCCACCCCGCCCUGCCAAAUUUUUAGAGGUCAUGGUUUAGGAUUUUUUUUUUCCUUUCUCUAACUCACUUCCUUUUACAAUGAUUUGGGACAAAUUAGGACUGAGAGGUUGCUGGAAAAGCCCUCAAGAUAUAGGGACCUCAGGAUGCUUUUGGAAGUCAGGCGACUGUAGGGAGCUGUUGUGUGUCUGUGGCGGCUUAGCUCCUGUGUCUCCCCCAGGACAGCAGAGCUGGUCGCCUCUCCUUCUGUACGAAGGUGUGCUAUGGCAUUGGAGGGGUCCCCAACCAGGUGGCCUCCAGCGCCAUAGCCUUUUACCUGCAACUUUUCCUGCUUGAUGUGGCACAGAUCCCUGCUGCCCAGGUGUCACUUGUCCUGUUUGGAGGGAAGGUGUCUGGGGCAGCUGCCGACCCUUUGGCUGGGUUCUUCAUCAACAGAAGCAGGAGGACAGGGUCUGGACGACUCAUGCCCUGGGUGCUGGGCUGCACGCCCUUCAUUGCCUUGGCCUACUUCUUCCUGUGGUUCCUGCCCCCCUUCACCAGCCUGCGGGGCCUCUGGUAUACAACCCUCUACUGCCUGUUCCAGGCCCUGGCCACGCCCCAGGGAGCGGGACUCGGCCACUGCGUACCGGAUGACCUUGGAGAUGGCAGGGACGCUGAUGGGAGCCACUGUCCACGGACUCAUCGUGUCUGGUGCCCACGGGUCCCACAGGUGCAAGGAGGAUGCGCUCCCAGGACAAGUGGCCAUCUCCCCCAGUGCGAGUCGUCUUUACUCCAUUGCAGCCGCCGUGGUUACUGUGACUUAUCCCGUGUGCAGUAGUCUGCUGUACCUGGGGGUGAAGGAGCAACCAGACACCUCUGCCCCAGCCUCAGGCCAGGGCCUGGGCUUUCUAGCUGGGCUGGGCCUCACGGUUCGGCACCCACCCUACCUGAAGUUGGUCAUCUCCUUCCUGUUCAUCUCAGCAGCCGUUCAGGUGCAGCAGAGCUACCUGGUCCUGUUCUGUACACACGCCUCCCAGCUGCACGACCACGUCCAGAGCCUGGUGCUAACCAUCCUGGUCUCGGCAGUGCUGAGCACCCCGAUGUGGGAGUGGGUUCUGCAUCGAUUUGGGAAGAGGAUGUCGGCCCUGGGGAUCUUUGGGAUGGUGCCAUUUGCAAUCCUGCUGGCUGCUGUGCCCACGGCACCCGUGGCAUACGUCGUGGCCUUUGUAUCUGGCAUAAGCAUUGCUGUGUCCUUGCUGCUACCCUGGUCCAUGCUUCCGGACGUCGUGGAUGACUUCCAGCUGCAGCACCAGCACGGCCCAGGGUUGGAGACCAUCUUCUACUCAUCCUAUGUCUUCUUCACCAAGCUUUCAGGUGCAGGUGCCCUGGGCAUCUCCACUCUCAGCCUGGAUUUUGCAGGGUAUGAGUCAGGAGCCUGCAAGCAGGCGGAGCAGGUGGUGGUGACCCUCAAGGUCCUCAUCGGUGCCGUGCCCACCUGUAUGAUCCUCGUCGCUCUGUGCAUCCUCAUGGUCGGCCCCACUCCAAAGGCGCCGAGUCGGGACAGCUCCCGCUCCCUUGGGAGAAGGACCAGCUACAGCCUUGCUUGAAUUUGAGACUCCUGUGAGCCUCAACGGCAGGAGCAGCGUCUUCUCGGCUCCAAGUCCCCCUUUCCUCUCAGCCCUUCGGCACCCCUGCUUCACAGUUUACACACGACCCGUCUCUUCCCCUGGGU